UUUAUAAAAAUGAUUAAAUUUCAGAUUCUGAAACUAAGCGAAACGAUGAAGUGGGGUCGAUGCAAAGCGGAAGGCAAAUUGAUUGGAUUGAAUUGGCGCGGAGAAAAAAUUUUAGGGAUAAGGUUGAAGACGACCCCCAGCUCUUCAUUUGGCUGGAAUUGGAACUUUGGCAACGGCAACAAGAAGGAAAACAAACCCCAAAUCAAAUACCACGAUAUUGUUCUUCCAUUCCCUCUUUCUCUCGUUGACAAAACAUUCUUGAAACGUAAAGAACUCAAAUGCUGCUAUAAGGCCACAUCAGACGGAUUCAGCGCUACCGAUUUCCACACGUGUUGCGAUUUCAAAGGACCAUGUGUCAUAAUUGGCUACACAGACAAAUCCUUCAAGUUUGGUGCAUUCAAUCCUGAGGGCUACAGAAGCACAGAUGACUACUAUGACACUUUUGAUGCAUUCCUCUUCUAUUGGGAAGACAAUGAGGAUGCUGAUCCCAUCAUCUUGCCCAAGGUAGGGGGUAGUGGUGCAGCUCUGUUCGAUUACGCGAGGGGCGGGCCACAGUUCGGGGCAGACGGGCUGCUCAUUGGCCCCCCUUUGGCACCUGUGAUGGGUGGCUUUGCUGGGCCAGACACGAACUCGGGUGUCGGGGACCUAAGGCAAGCGCGAUCUCGGCUCGGACUAUCGUAUGCGAAGAGAAAAGAUGGGAAGGAGUCCAUCUUUGGAGAUGAAAACAGAGCUGUUGUUGCUGAAGUGCAGGUCUUUUGCAGCCCUCAAAUAGCAAGCUUGUAUUGAAAGAGGAAUGAGCAAGCAGCUUCCAAAGGUGUUCUGCAUUGGAUGGUCAUGCAUAUUCCUAUUGCUUGGAGCUUUUUUCUUUGAUUCUUUGUUUCUAUAGAAACAAUACUUAAUUUAAUUAUGAGGAAAAUAUCGUAGUUUGUAAACAUAGCAAGAAAAUAUCGUAGUAUUAUGAAAUUACUUAAUUUUCUGGUUUGUAAUUAUAUGGUCCUUCAACUUUUUGUGUUUAAUACUUCUAUAAAUUUUCAAUUUUAAUCUA